AUGCAAUUGGGAUUAAUAAAAACGGCCAUAAAUAACAUUGUCACAGAACUAAACCCAUCUGGAUCAAGUCCUCAGUUCAGUAUCUAUUUCUACGGUGCAGCAUCAACAGUCAGUAUUGUUGCUUCAGUGGUUACUACUGCCUCAGCAGUCAAGACAAAAUUGGACCAGCAACAAUAUACAGUGACACAGUCAAAUCCAUCUACAUUGUCAUUGGCUUUGAAUACUGUGGAUUCAUAUUGUCAGACCUAUUGUCGAUCGGCCAUGCCACGAGUUACUGUUGUUAUCUCUAGUAUACCAGAUUCUUCAGCGGAAUUCACCAUUCGUCAGUUAGAAAGAAAUCGUGGAAUGACAGUCAUCGUUCAAGCAGCCGAAACAUUUAAAACUCGAGUUGUUGCGGAUCUCGUACGUAAACUAGAUGAAAUUAAAAAACGUUUCGCAAAACAUUUUUCAAUAACAUUUUAUGGUCUUGGUAAACGUAUAAAUGAAUCUCGAUUCAUAUUAAUAAAAUAA